UUGGUCGAAUUUGAUUGAGUGUGAUCGAGUUGAGCUCGAGUUGCUCCCGAGCUGCUUAACUCGAUUAGCAGCCCUAGUGAUGAGUCUGAUGACUGAUAAACAACUCCUCAUUCAUGCUAGCCUUUUCCAAAUUACUGUACAAUUAAAUGGCGCCAACGACCAACGGCUAUAUUUAACUGCUACGUUCAUACUUUUAUCAAUAGAUGAUUAGAUGUGGUUAACUAAACCCCUUAAAUCCUUACUAUCAUCAUGCACAGACAAAUCAACCCUUUCGAAAACUCAUGCACUUCUCAUUACGAGUGGUCUACUCAACCAGAGAAACCCAGCUACGAAGCUCAUCACAUCCUAUGCGAAUACAGGCAACAUCGAACUUGCACGCCAAGUGUUCGACAAAUUGCCUAUGAGAGGCGUGGAUGCUUGGAAUGCCAUGAUUGUUGCUUAUUCACGAAAGUCUCUUCCUAGUGAAGUUGUGGGUGUUUUCUGGAAGAUGAUUUCUGAAGGAAUUAAGCCUGACAGUUCGUCUUUUACAGUGGCUAUUAAGGCGUGCACGAGCUCGGCUGAUAUGGAGAUGGGGGAAAGAAUUUGGCUUCAGGCGGUUGAUUAUGGCUACAAGGAUGAUGCUUUUGUUGGGUGUGCGAUUCUGAGUUUGUUGACGAAGGGCGGGAAGAUGGUGGAAGCGAAGGCGGUUUUUGAGGGGAUGAAGAGGAAAGAUCUUAUUUGCUGGACGACGAUGGUAACUGGGUUUGCAAAGAAUGGGCAGGGGAUGGAAGCGGUCGGAAUAUUUAGAGAGAUGCAAAGUAGAGGGAUGGAAGGAGAUGGGAUUGUCAUGUUGGGGUUGAUCCAAGCCUGCGCUGAUAUUGGGGAUAUGAAGAUGGGUCUUUCUGUCCAUGGACAUAUGAUAAGAAAGAAUCAUCGGAUGGAUGUUGUUAUUCAUACUAGUCUCGUGGACAUGUAUGCAAAAAAUGGACAUUUGGGAUUAGCAUAUAGCAUUUUCUGUAACAUGCCUCAGAGGAAUGUUGUUUCUUGGAGUGCUUUAGUAUCAGGCUACGCGCAAAAUGGUUUUGCAAGGGAAGCUCUUGAAUUGCUGAUAGAAAUGCAAAGAGUUGGAUGCAGACCAGAUUUAACUUCUCUUGUGAGUUCUCUUUUGGCAUGUUCACAUGUUGGAUACUUGAAACUGGGUAAAUCAAUACACGCAUAUAUUCUUCGUAUGUACGAGUUUGAAAAUGUUUCUGCCACUGCUGUGAUUGACAUGUAUUCAAAAUGUGGGGUUCUUUCAUCUGCUCGUAUUCUCUUUGAUAUGAUAAGGUGUAAGGAUGCCAUCUUAUGGAAUGCGAUGAUUGCAAGUUAUGGGAUUCACGGACAUGGAAAGGCUGCCCUCUCAGUCUUUCAUGAGAUGAUGGAGACCAGAUCAGAUCCCGAUGAUGCAACAUUCUCUUCUCUUCUUUCAGCUUUAGGUCAUUCAGGUCUUGUAGAGCAAGGUCAGUACUGGUUCAAUGAAAUGAUCAACAGAUUCAAGAUUGAGCCUAGAGAGAAACAUUAUGCUUGUAUUGUUGAUCUGUUGGCUCGUGCAGGAAAAGUGGAAGAAGCUCUUGAUUUGAUAAGUUCCAUGGAAAAACAUGAACCUGGGAUUUCUAUCUGGGCUGCCCUUUUGUCUGGUUGUCAUAACCACAAAAAAUUUUCCAUUGGUGAGUUGGCUGCAAAAAGAGUUCUUCAAUUACAGCCAGAUGAUUCUGGUGUUUACUCCUUAGUUGCAAAUUUUUUUGCAUCAGCAAAAAAGUGGAAGGAAGUAGCUGAGGUGAGGAAAUCAAUGAGGAAGGCAGGUAUGAAGAAAGUCCCUGGUUAUAGCAUGGUGGAGGUGAAAGGUAAGCUCCAUGCUUUCCUUAUGGAGGAUAAGAGCCAUUAUCAACAUAAGCAAAUGGUCGAGAUUUUAGAGAAGUUGGACCACGAGAUGAGAGCCAUGGGUUAUGUGCCAAAGACUGAGUUUGUUAUGCAUGAAGUUGAGGAGGUAGUGAAGGUGAGAAUGUUAAGUAAUCAUAGUGAGAGAUUGGCUAUUGCAUUUGGCCUCUUGAACACUGAAGUGGGGACUAAGCUGGUGAUUACAAAGAAUCUAAGAGUUUGUGGAGAUUGCCAUGAGGCAAUCAAAUAUAUAUCAAAAAUUGUCAACAGGGAGAUUGUUGUAAGAGAUGUGAAGCGGUUUCAUCACUUCAAGCAUGGUGUCUGUUCAUGUGGAGAUUUUUGGUGAGUUGUGAGUGCCAAUGCUAAGGCUAGAGAGAGGUAUUAACCCUUUUGUCAACUGAUAUGCAUCAACUGUUGAGAAAAUUUUUGGUUUUGGUAUAUACCCAUCUAUCUGUACCAGAAAUGGUAGAAUGAUCCAAUUGAUGACGAUUUGCAGUAAAACCUGACAUUGUGUGUUACACUUUGCUGCAUCACUACUGUCAAAACCAUGGCUUUCACUAAAAGCAAUCUUCUGAGCAGAUUUUGAGAUGGAUAUUAUGCAGCCUUCAACUUGCAGGGGAAAGCCACUUGUAUGAAGCAGAAGAACGAAUUGAAUGACUAUUCAAUGUUGAAGUAACUUUGUUUCAUUAAGCACUUCAAAGGCUGUGUUUGUUAACAACCAGGAUUUAUGAGGUCGCAGUCCUGCAAGACGCCAAGACAUACUUAACUUCUUGGGUUGAUUCUAUGAUGUCCGCUGCACUUUGCCUGAAACUAAUAACUCUCUGAAGGUGGCUUCUGGAACCGAACCUUAUAAUUUGGUGAGAGAUUAACCCCACAUGAUGGAGAUGUUUUAUAUUGUUUGAGAGGAAAGAGGGGUACUCCUUCAUAGAUCUUAUUGGUGAGAUUGGAAUGUCACAGGCAUUUAUGAGGAGGAUUGCACUGAAGCAAUGCAAUAUAUAUUCAAGAUUGUUAACACGGAAUUUGAGAGAUUUGUGGAGCAAUUGCAUUGCAUCGCAUCAUGCGAAAGAUUUUUGUUCCUGUGGCUUGGAACUAAUUUUCAAGACAGGGAUGCUAAUGUGAAAACGUAUAGGUGAUUCAAUGCCUUAUAUUCUCUUUUCUGAAUAAUCAAUGCUGUAUUAUUACAAGUGAUUGGAGAUCAAUAACCCCCUUUGGAUAUGCAUGAUACUUGAUACAUAAGUUUAGCUUGGUGCUCAUUUGAUGGGCAUAAUAACUUUCCUAUUUACACGAUGAUCAUACCAGUCAUUCUCAGUAGUCAGUACUACUGAUAUAAAGUAGUCUGGAUGGCCGAGCAACGUUGUAGAAAAAUCAACUGUGAAGUUAUAGAUAGAAAGAUUUCGGUGCUUGAUAACGAACCUGAUAAAGUUAUAAGCAUGUUAGCGACAUACGGUUUCACAGUCUGCAGAAAGGUGUAACAUGGAACAACAAGUUGAAGAAGAAUCACUAUCUACUACUCUUUUGUAGAUGUAACAUUGGAAUAUUCACAUUUAUCGAGGCACAACUUUGAGCGAUAAUA